AUGAGCCAACAAGGAGAAGAUUGCACUAUCUUGUGGUCCUAUGGUGUUGCUAGUAGGUUUCAAUUAGCUGAAGGAGGGAAUAAUGGUGGAGGCCAAAGCAAAGUGAGCAUAAAAGAGAAAGGUAAAGCUUGCAAUGUCUCAAGGAGGUGGAAGGUCAGCAGGAGUGGUACAAGUAGGCCUUCCCUUCGGUAUGUGAUAUCAGUAUGUAAGUUGAUUUCACUCAUAGUCCCAAUCAAAGCUUUUGAAACUUCUGGUUUGAAGGACUUCACUGCUAAUUAG